AUGGGUGACCUUUGGCAGCAGCUUUCUGAGGCUGAUAAUCACGUGACUGGGAUACCGCCAGCAGGACCCCGGGUUGGGCAAGGAACGGUGGCGGCAACGGGAGCCUUGAGUGUUUCAGGUGGUGGGAAUGUGGAACAUAUCACGGUGCCCAAGAUUGUACUGCAUCACAUUGCCAAUGUAGAGAAAUUGCCUAUCACUAGCCUGGGCUGUCCCCUUAUCCUCCGCUGCAAGAACUUCUGGGUGGCCCACUUUGUUUUAGACUCUGACAUUGUGUGCCAUGAUGUUUAUAAUUUGCUGCUCAAUCUUUCUCAGCCAGCAUUACCCGAAGAUCUAUAUGCUUUUUCUUAUAAUCCCAAAUCCUCGAAAGAGAUGAAGGAAAAUGGGUGGAAACUGAUUGACCCAAUAUCAGACUUUGGGUGUAUGGGAAUACCCAACAGGUACUGGAUCAUAACAGAAGCCAACAGAAACUAUGAGAAACUGCAAGCCCAUGAUGAGCCACCAAAAGAAGUCUCUACAUGCUCUCAAUUAGGGAAUUUAUUAUCUCAGCAUCUGGGAAGUUCUUUGACCAAUCCUCUUGACUUUAUGGGUAUUGAUGGAUACCUGAACACCUUGAUGGAGAAUGGCACCAUAUCCAGUGAAGGAGGCUUCCAGGCUCAGAUGGAUCAAGUGAAAAGACAGUGUGCAGACUUUCACCAUGACUGUUGUGGGAUCAUAGGCAGCCUUAGGGCCAUAAACAUUUCUGGGGAUAUGGGAUUCUCUGGAAACAUGGGCAUCUCUGAAUCGAGGGGCAUCUAUGGGGCCACAGGUAUCUCUGGCAACGUGGAUAUCUCUGAGACUAUGGACUGCUCUGAAAACAUCAGCAUCUCUGGGAGCAUGGGCAUCUUUGGGGACACAGGUAUCUCCAAGGCCAGCACAAAAGAAGCAGGCUGCUAUAAGCAACGGGAGCUUGAAACUCAUCACUUCCAUCCAAAUAGCAAGAAAAGAGUUGAACAAACUGAAGAUCCACAGCUUUUUUAAAGAUCUAUCAGAGAAUUUAGAUCACAGGACAAACUACUUUCCCCCAAAUUGGAGAGACAUGCAGAUACAGAGGAAUCACAGUUUAUCAGAACAGAAAGCCAAGAAUAAAAACCUCCAUGUGAACCAGUAGCAGGUAGGAAAACUUAACAUUUAAUUGAAAUAUUACUGGAGACUCGGUAUAGAAAAGUUUGAGUUAAAAAAAAAACAAAAACCUCCAAGUGUACCCAGGCACCCCGUUGAGGGCUUCUAUCAAGAAUACAUGCUGUACUUUUUCAAAUGCUUUUUCUCCAUCUAUUGAGAGGGUCAUAUGGUUCUUAUCCUUUCUUUUAUUAAUGUAGUAUAUCAUGUUAAGUUAUUUGCAAAUAUUGAACGAUGCUUGGAGAUGUUGGUCAAAAUGUAAAAGCUUUUAAUUAUAAGAAUAAAUUUAGGGAUCUAAAGUGCAGUAUGCUAACUACAGUUAACAAUACUGCAUUUUAUACUUGGAAGUUGCUAUGAGAGUAGAGCAUUAAUGUUCUCACCAUAACAGUAACAAAAUGGUAAUUAUAUGAGGUGAAAAAUGUUUUAACUAACCUAACUUGGUAAACAUUUUACAAUAUAUAUGUGUAUCAAAUUAGCACAUUUUACACUUUAAACUUAAAUAAGAUUACAUAUCAGUUAUACUAAAAUAAGCUAGGAUAAGUUAAGAAAAGAAUAUAAAUCAGAGUAUACUCUCAGACACAGUAGAAUUAAACUAAAAUUUGAUAACCAAAAGGUAACUGGAAAAGCCCAAUAUACUAGGAGAUUAAACACACGGGUCAAAGAAUAAUUCUCAAGAGAAAUUUAAAAAUAUUUCUAACUAAAUGCAAAUUAACAUACAACUUAUCAAAAUUUAUGGGACACUGUGAAAGUAAUACUUAGGGGAAACUUUAUAUCAUUGAAUUAGAAAACAAGAAAGAUCUAAAAUAAAUAACCUAAGAUUCUACCUUA